AUGACCACCAACCCGCCAACCGACACCACUAGUGGUGGGAAACGGCCUCGGUUACAAUAUGGCCUUGGCCACGAUGUUCAAAAACAUCCAAAGCGUAAGGGCAAUCUUGCUGCAGGGGUGCCUCGUAUUCCCAUGUGUUCUCAGACUCAGAGUACCCACGCCACUUUACCAGAUACUGGUAUUGGCCAUGAAGACGACGUUGCUUCAGUAAUCUCCAGAUCCGAAACUGAAGACACCCAUGCCUAUCGAUCAGCGUCAGUGGUGGCCGGUGUUCCGGUGGCAGUCCACAAGAAAUUGGUUUUCCAAGUGAAGGGUCUUCAAGAGACCCUAGGGAAGACCUAUUGCAUGCUUGAUGCGAUGGAGAUCCGCCUUCAGGCUAUGGAGCGUGCUCAAACUCGGAGCGAAGCUCAGUUGGACUUUCUUAUUCGCUUGCAGCAAUCCGGGGCACCGCUCUCUUCGUCGGCGCCAGAGCCUCAAAGUCUACGUGGGAAAAAUACCGGUACGGCUUAA